UUUUGACGGACGAGAGCCGCUGGUAUCAUUCCUGCUGCAACGAGGCGAGGGAGGACACGCCGCCCGCCCCUCACAGACCUGACUGGAGGCUACGAGAAGAUACACGCGUCUACAGUCCAAGUCGCUCACAACUGUUCUUGUGUCCUGCCGUCGCCGCCGCCUGAGCUCCCUGCCCCUCCGUCAUGCCGUGUCAGCAGUCCCCGCACCUGGAGCUGUCCCUGAGGCGGCGGGUCUUCAUCUUCUUCGUGGGGUUCCUGGAGUCCGUUCUCUUCGCCGGCACGGUCUUCGGAUGGCCUCAGCUCGUGCACGUGCUCAAAGUGGAGGGCUUGUAUAGUGACAUGUGUGAUGGGCCGUCCUCCUCGUCAUCCUCCUCCUCCUCCUCCUCAUCGUCUUCCUCAUCAUCCGAUUCGUCUCCAGCUAACUCACCUCAGUCGCCAUCUGUGAAUCAUACCUCGCCGCUCAACGUGACGGCUCUCUUCGGCCCCGAGUCCCCGCCCAUGGAUAUCUUCAACAACUCACGCUGCUACGCUUUCAACCAUACCUACGACAUCUCCCGGAGCCACAGGGUGGGGGUGGAGCAGUGUGAACCCCAGGACGAGCGCUUUGCCCUCAUCUACACCAUAACCGUGGGGUGCUACAGUCUGACUGGCAUUUUAAUUGGGUACUUGCUGCAUCACGCGGGUCUGCGGGUCACCAGGAUUUCCGGAGGAACAAUGCUGGCGCUCAGUUUCCUGUUCCUGGGAAUGACCACGAAAGAUUCCCCAGACUGGCUGUUUCCCACCAUGAUCCUGAUGGCUUUGGGAGGCAACCAGAUCCGAAUGGCAAUCAUGCAGUUUUGCGAUCUUUUCCCCGACCAUCGCUCCACGGCCCUUACCAUCAUGUCAGGGACCUAUGCUGCCUCUGCUGCCCUCUUCCUCGUCUUCCAGUACGCGGCGCAGGUUGGAAUAGGGCGGACGUACGUGUGCUGGGGCCUGUCCCUUCUGAGCGUCCUCACCACCCUGUCCACGCUGCUCAUGCCCGUCCACCACAUCCCCGUGAAGGACACCCGUGGCGAGGACGAGGCACAGCCAGAUAAAUCCAAGCAGCCCCUGUCCAAGAGCGUGAUGUCCACCUCGUCACUCCUCCACCAGUACUUCUUCUUCGUGAGUCUCUUCGCCAUCAACGUGUACCAGCAGAACUACAACGUCUGGAUCAACUUAACAUCGUGCUCAGUGGAGGAGGCGGGCUUCUACUCGAUGCUCUACAGCUAUAGCAACCUCAUCACAGUGUUCUUCGGGCCCCUCGGAGGCGUCUUCACCGAUGUCAUGAUGCGGCGAGCCCAGAGAACCGCGCCGGACGACCUGACGCGGCGGGUGAGGGAGGUGCAGGCGCCCUUCUGGCCCCUCCUCUUCACCACGGCGGCCACGGUGAUGAUGUACGCGAGCAAGUUCUUCCUGCACCCCGCCGCCGUGUACGUGUCCCUGAUAGCCAUGGUCAUCUCCCGCCCCUGUGUCAUCGCCGUGUCCACCGCCUUCGUCAGGAUCAGGUUCCCCGUGAGUCACUUCAACCGCCUGAUGGGGAUCUAUGGCACCGUGACGGCCGUCCUCAUGUUCCUGCAGUACCCGCACUUCAUCUGGGCGCAGCACAUGUACUACACGGCCCACGGGUUUGUGCUGGUGUUGGUGGUGCUGUGCGUAACCUACCCUCUGCACCUGCUGUUCACGCCCCUCAUCCGCCACGCUGUCAUGGUCCGGGACGGCGUCAAGGAGAGUCCGCUGCUGGUGAACGACGGGUCAACGCAGAACGGAGUGGCGAGAGCGUAGCGCGUGUGCAGCUUACAAGACAGCCACGCGACAUCUAUACCCAGUGGGGGCUGAGAGAGAGUCUGUCCUACCCACUUUUACUGUGCCUUGAAUGUUAUCACUGCCUUCCUUACCUAAGUACCCAGAAAGGCGUAAUAGGAGGCCUCACGCUGGUUACCUGGGUCUUCAUCGCUCAAAGACUGUAAGAACUGGCUUUGUAUUUAGUCAAGAAAGCGCCAGUAAAUGCCUAAGUACUUAUCACGCUUGGUUUUCAUCGUUCAGGUAGAGUGAUAGUGAUGAAAUAAUGCUAGUGUUUGUUGUUGUUGUUGUUGUUGUUGUAUUUUGUCGUGUUUCUUCUAGGCAGGAAACGGCGUUGUUUAUAUUGUUCUUGCUGUUGUGUUGUGUUCACCUUGUGUUCAUGUUUGUUUGUGUGUGUGUGUGUCUGUGUGUGUGUGUGUGUGUGUGUGUGUGUGUGUUCAGGAGUGCGUGUGCAUAUGUAUGUUCAUUAUUUUACUUUAUCGUUUUAACUUAAUUUUAUUUCUUCUUUUUACGGAAUCGAAUGAAGUCAAACUGUGUGUGUGUGUGUGUGUGUGUGUGUGAGAGAGACUCAAAUAUUCCAGUGCCAUGUAUGUACAACAAAGUAGCCUAUGCAAAGGUUGUGAUAGGCACUGCGUCACCGCCUCCCUCAGUGCCUGCAGUGCCCGCCUACACUCACUGGCCGGUAACUCUUCUAUCUGUCAAGCUAUUUUUAUUAAUAAAGUAUAAUUUUUACA